CCUCACGUACUAAGAGCAUUUCUAAACAACUCAAAAACAAGAACGGAAACGGAAGCCCUAAAGAUCUACUAUCAAAGAAGCUUGCAACCAUGGAAAAGGAGGUAGAGUGUGAGAGAACUAAACAGGGCCUGAAGCACGUAGGCUUGGUGAGGGUGGCUGCGAUCUGUGCGUUGGUUUGCGUUUCGAAUCUUUACGAGUAUGCUAAACAGAAAUCCGGUCCAUUACGAUCCACCGUCAGAACCUUUGAGGGCACCGUCGCCACCAUCGUUGGCCCUGUCUACCAGAAAUACAAGGCCAUUCCUGAUCUUCUUCUUGUUUAUCUUGAUACCAAGGUAGAUGAAGCUACGCACAAAUUUGACGAGUAUGUGCCACCAGCCGGUAAGCAAAUGGUGAACCAAGCGCAAGAUUUGGUUCAUACGGCAGAGAGAAAAGGCUCAGAAAUUAGUCGACGAGGCUCGAACCAACGGCGCUCGCAGCGCUUUGAACUACUCCGUGAGCGAGUACAGGCAGCUGGUUCUGGUGAGCUCAACGAAGUUGUGGGUGAAACUGAAUCAGAGUCCAUCUUUCCACUCAGCCCCACGGCUAAGAAUUUGUCCGACAACUGUUUGGUUAACGACAUGAGCGGGAAAGGUUACCCUGUGUUCACGUAUCUGCCAUUGAUUCCGGUUGCGGAUUUGAGUAAAGGUGUCGAUGAAGGACAAAAUGGACACCAAACAUGUCGAUGA